CCCUUACAUUACUGCACGUGGAGAUGGCGGGAGUUUAUCAAAAUGUGACAUAAACUCGAAGAAGUGAUACAGAUGCUAUUUAUGUGUAAUUGAUAUAUAGCUGAGUAGAUUAGAUACAGAACAACUAAUAUGUCUUCUAAGAAGAUAGUUAGUCUACAGAAAAAAGUACGGGAGAAGAAAAACAGCAUCCAUGAACAGAGAAAUAUCUUCAUGGCUUUGGUGGAUAGUUUUGUCUCUGAGGCUGAUGAGCAAGCUGACAGACUUUUGGCAGAGAAGGACAAUGGACGGUUUAUGCAGCACUAUUUAGAUGUAAUGAAGAUUUUAGAUCAGUCAUACAAUUCAUGUGUUAUGUUAACAGCAGAAGCAGAGAGUCUAUGUGACAGUGUAGACUUGACAGCUACAGAGAUGUUGACACAGGAAGAAUCAGAUGAUGAAGAUCUGACUAGUCUACAAGGAGCCACAGCAGCUCCAUAUCAUAACAAAGCUCUGUCUAUGAACAAGACAUCCAGUUCAUGUGAUGUACAAGAACCAGACAUUAUUGCAGGAUCAACAUCAGAACACAUGUUAAAAACUGGGAAAAGUUCCUCCCAUGUAAAUAACAUACCAAAGUAUAGUGGUUAUGAUCAGAAAAGUGCUAAUGUUGAUAACUUGACACAAAACUAUACAAAACAUACUGUUAUUAAGUCUAUGAUGAAGAGCAUUGGUGUUGAUACUAUAAGGGAUGCUGACAACAUGCUAGAAACAGAAAUUGGCUCUGUGAAAUUAAAUAUAGAAGCAGAUGGCAAUGAUGAUUUACAGAGUAGUCUACCCUCAUCCUGUAUCGGUAAAACAGUUUACUUUGGAGACAAAAUGAGAAAUGAAAAGAACUUGAGUAACCAGCCAUCAAAAAUGAAGAUGGAAAAUAAAGCCACGUCCCUUGAAACUUUUGAAUUAACAGAUGGAAACAUUGAUAAAAGAUAUUUCACAACUAAUAAACUUGAACAUAAUUCUCGAACAACACAAGAACAAAGACCUCCAAAUAAACCAGAAAUAGGGUCAGAGCCUAGUUCAAAAAUAACUUCAGAUCAAAAUAGACUACAUCCUGCAACAAAUACUAGUGUUUCUUCAACCAAUACUGGUACACCAAAACAUGUACUUCCAGAGACCAAAAAAAGAGUUGAAUCCAAGUACAUGUAUAACAAAAAUACAGCAUCAAAACCUGGACAGCCUAAGUUAGACACUAAUGUUGCUACCAGAUUUCUCAGGGGUAUAAUAGUUCAGGCAGAAAAGGAUAAUAAAAGUCUUAAAAAUUCUAAACCAUCAAAUAGCAGAGAAAAUUCACAGACAAGUAGAAAUUUUCCAGUAAAAGACACUAUAGAUGAACAGACUGGGAGCAAUCUAAACAAAAUUAAUAUUGACACAGCAGCAGGAUCUAAAUCAACUCCAGACAUUGGAGGAAACACUGACAAAACAUCUAAAUCCCAAUCUGAGACUAAAAGUGCAAUAAUUGAUGUUACAGGUGAAUCUGUAAAUUCAAGUCAGAAUAACCUGACUGUAUCAAGUACUCAAAUUUCUGUGAAAACCUCUAUUCCACUUGAAAUGAAUAUAACUUCAGACAGCUUCAGAUUGACUGCCACAAGUAUUGGUGAGAUCAGUUUACCCGUAGGUAGACCAAUGCCUGUUGUUGUCAGUGAAACGAGAAGUCCGUGGAACUUCUUCAUUCAAAUUGUCAAUAGCUCGUUAGAGAAACUGAUGCAGGAUAUCAGGGUUUUCAUGGAGUCCGAAGGGAAAUUACUGAAGAGGGUAGAAAAGGUUGAGGAAGGAAUGGUGUACCUGGCCCAAUUCUCUCAAGAUCAGCUUUAUUAUAGGGCAAAAAUUACAGAUGUAAAUAUGUCAGAUUAUUCUUCAACAGAAGUUGAUGUUUAUUUCAUUGAUUAUGGGAAUGCUGAAAAGAGGGAUAUAUCUCAUCUACGAGAGCUGCCUGUUCAAUUUACAUCUCUUCCUGCUCAGGCUGUGUUUUGUGCAUUGGCAAAGAUUGCUCCAAACAACAAAUAUGGUGUGUGGUCAGAACAAGAUAUUCUUACAUUUUCACAAUUAGCUAAUUCAAAAAAGUUUUUCUGUACAUUAAUCCAGCCAAGCCAGCAUCCAGAAAUUCCAAACAUUGUAGAUCUGUUCUUUAAUUCUACCAUUCCCGGUAACUGGACACCGACUCCUGUAUUUGUUCAAACAAUAUUGAUAAAUAACAACAUUGGAAGAAUGGUAACAAUUCAAGAACAAAUGACAUCCUUCAUGAUGUUUUAUAGACUCUCUCCAAAAUCAAAUUACUCUCCUCAGUCUUCAAACGAAAUAAACCAACACUUUGGAGACUCAACUGCUAGGAAAACAAUAGACCUUGAUAAACAAGAAUCUCAGAUUAAGAAACAAAACUCAAUAGAAACAAAUGAAAUAUGUGAAGACGCUGAAUCUCAGUCGAAAGAAUCAGAAAAUUGUAAAUUGAAAAACUGUGAUACUACUUUAUUAAAUACUGUUGGGAAUGAUUCACAAGAUUUUACAGAACAUGAUCAAAAUAAUAGUGCAUAUUCAGGUGCAGUGGCUGCAGAUCAAAUUAAGGCAGAAAUUAAAGUAGAACAAAGUGCAUCAGUUACUGUUAGAAAGUUAAAUUUAAAAAGGGAUUCUGAUAACAAAGUAGACAUUGUAAAAAAUUCUAUAAGUGAUAACAAGAAAUCUUGCAGAGAUGACGAAAUGAAACAAAAUAUUAGUGAUAGCAAAGAAUCUUAUGGAGAUGUAGAAAUGAAACAAUCUGCAGAAUAUAGUAAAAGGAAAGAAAAUGUAACUGAAAAUCAACCAGAUAUUUUAACAGUUUCCAAUAGUAUUAAUAGUGAUCAAAUGAACAACAAUGAAAUAGAUGUGACUGUCGGCGAGAUGACUACAUCAGAUAUACCGUUACCUAACAUAGAUACAUCACUGAACUGUUAUAAUGUCAUGCUUUCUUUUGUCAAAUCUCCGUCACAUUUCUUUGUCCAUAUUGUAUCUGAAGUCACUGCAAACACUCUCAAUGUGAUGUCUAAUAACAUAAAUACUCACCAUAGUAAGUUGUCACGGAAACAGCUACAGAAACUCUCUAAAACUUUGACCCCAAAAGUGAAUGAUGUAUGCUGUGCACAAUUCAUUGAAGACAAUAAGUUUUACAGGGCCCAGAUUAUGGAAAUUAUACAGACCCCUGAUUCACCACAGAAAAUAUCUGAAAAUGAUUCUGACUCUUCUGUCUCUGGAAAGAUCACAGUGUUUUACAUGGACUAUGGAGAUGUAGAAACAGUUCCCAAGAGGAGGUUGUUUCCCCUGCCCAAAGAACUACAGAACAUUCCUUCAUUAGCCAUUAAAUGUUCUCUUGCUCAUGCUGGACCUGUAAAGAAAAGUAAACAUUGGUCAGCUGAUGCUAAAGAAUGUUUCAAUAAAUUGACAGGAGACGACAAAGUGUUAAAAAUGAUUAUAGUUGACGGAAGUAUUGAGGAGACAUUGGGAAGUGUAGAUUCAGAUCCAUUGAAGGUAGUACUGGUAGAUAAUAAUGAAAAAGAAGAAAUCUGCAUCAAUGUCGACCUUAUAAAACAGGGCUUCGCUGAGCUUGAUGUUAAAGAAGAUCUCAAAACAGAAAUUGAUGCUUUGGAAAAGUUUGGUGCAUGGGAUCCCAUGAUGGAAGACUUUCUGUCAGCAAGAAACUCCUACAAAGUAGAUGUAGAUGAUGCUGGAGUGGCCACUGUUGGCUAUAGAGCUCAGGAUGAGUCUAGGAUCUGUAAAUACUACAACAUUGGUGAUUGUUGGAGAGGAGAUAGGUGUCCUUACAGACAUGUCGAAGUUACAUCAGAUGGUGUCACAUUAGAUCAAGAACUGGUAUAUGGAGCUGUGGAUGAGUAUUAUAUGGAGAAGAUUCUGCCAGAGCCAGGAACAUGGGUAGCUGUAGAGGUCACCACUGUACUGAACCCUGGUCAUUUCUAUGUCUCGCUACCAUUUGGAAAGUCUGCUAUUGACAACUUGAAAGAAAAAGAGGAAAUAGACAAAAAGGAUGAUUGGCAAAUGAAUUUUGAUCAGCUGAUAUCUGAGAUGCAGGAGGAGUAUAGUAAAGGAAGCCAUAAUGAAGACACAACAGUGGACAAAGCCCCAGGAGAAAUAAUAGCUGCCAAAUUUACAUCUGAUGGGAAAUGGUACAGAGCACGUGUUCUCAUUGUUGAGGAGAACAGGCUGAGAGUAUUUUUUGUUGACUUUGGAAACCGUGAAUGGUUACGUUACAACUGUGUUAGAUCAAUAUUACCAGAUUUUCUCCAUUUACCAUUCCAAGCUGUAGAAUGUUUCCUUAUGCACAUAGAACCUCUUGGUGCAAAAUACACCACAGAAUCCAAGUAUAGAUUUAAAGAAUUGGUUGACAAUAAAGUUCUUGUGGCUUUUGUGAAGACAAGGUCCUUUAAUGGUAGUAUAUGGGUAGAUUUGUAUGAUACCACAGGGGAUGAAGACAUUGACAUUGCUAAAGUUUUACUUGCUGAAAAAUUAGUCCAAGACACUGGAUCAACAACGACAACAAGUAGUAAACAGAGUAACCACUCAAGUCAGACCUCGCUGAUCUUAGUACCAGGAUAAACUUAGCAAGGUUUACAUAAUCACUUGUUCCAGACCUUGCUGAUUUUAGUACCAGGAUGAACUUGGCCAGGAUUACAUUUCAGAGUUCUCAAAUUUCUAACUAGUCAUUAUUACCUCUUUUAUGUUAUUUUACAAUUAAUUGUUUUUGCUCAAUUUGCAUAAGUAUACACUAUUUUGUUUCUAUGGUUCUUCUAUGACUUCUGGGAGCCUCUUGUUUUGUUGUUGCAGUU